AUGGCGACUGUGGAUAGGCGUGGUGUGCAUGUCGACCGUGGUGACAAACGUAUUCAUCUCCAGCCGCAGUUCAAUGAUGAUGUCGGUUAUGGUUCUGGUUAUGGCUAUGGUUAUGGUGCUGGUGCUGAAUACCAGAGUCGCGGCCCCUCCAGUAACCAAGUCUUGGCACUUAUAGCAGGAGUUCCCAUUGGUGGCACACUGUUAGCCCUAGCUGGACUCACUCUCGCCGGUUCGGUGAUCGGUUUGCUGGUCUCCAUUCCGCUCUUCCUUCUCUUCAGUCCGGUGAUUGUCCCAGCAGCCAUCACCAUCGGGCUUGCUGUGACCGGAAUCUUGGCUUCUGGGUUGUUUGGGCUGACGGGUCUAAGCUCAGUCUCGUGGGUGCUAAACUACCUCCGUGGGACCAGUGAAACAGUGCCGGAGCAAUUGGACUACGCUAAGCGUCGUGUGGCUGACGCCGUAGGCUAUGCUGGUCAGAAGGGAAAAGAGAUGGGCCAGUAUGUGCAGGACAAGGCUCAUGAAGCCCAUGACACUAAUGUGACCCUCGAGACCAACGAGCCAGGAGGUAAGACGACGAGGAGGACCGUACUAUAA